AUGCCUGCAGCAGUUCAGGCACAGGUCAAGACCGAGGUCGUCGAGGAUGUGGAGGAUCAGCCUGACUUUGGCGGGGAGGAGGAGCCCCAAGCAGAGCCACAAGCUGACCCACAAGCCAAGACAGAGGCUGGUGGCGAUGUUGAGAUGAAAGUGGCAGGUGUGGCCAAGAAGGAGGAGUUGGACGAGAAGGCGAAGGGUGAGCCUCGUGCUGAUGCUCUACAUCUCUCAGGUGUGAAUCGACUUACUCGAACACACCUGGCCGAGGUCUUUGCCUCUAAGAGGUUGCCAGCUUUCCAACGUGUCGAAUGGAUUGCCGAUGACAAGUGCGUGGUGGUUUUUGCUAACAAGCAGGCUGCCGCCGAGUCCCUCAAUGCAGCGUUGGAUGGAUUUGAAGAGGGGCGGGACAAGCCAGGGCCGGGACUGUGGCGUGCCAUCCGUGGUUACAUGGACUUUCGCCAGGCCACAGUGUUGGAUGUGCCCUCGGCCAAUUUCAAAAAGCAACACCGGGCAGGACGCCAGGUGCGGGACUACCGCUUCUGGGAAGCGGCCAAGGACAUCGACAAGAGCAUCAUGGAGGGCCUGGAGCAGAAGGGCAUCAAGCGUGACGCGCCCUCUGGAGAAGAUGCGAUUGCAGCGGCUGUGUAUGCCAAUCAGUUGGGAGAGGCCCCACGCAAGAAGCGACGCAAGAUGCCUGCUGGAGAAGGCGACUUGGACGAGCCGGAACCUGAAGCUCCAGAGUUGUUGGAGCAGAUGGCGCAGAAGGACAAAGAGUUGUUGGGACUCAAGGCUGAGGUCGAAGAAUCUCCGGCACCCGUUGCAGAGACGGGCGAGAAUGAAGCUGUGGCUGCGGUCUGCGAAGUGGUGGCUCAGGAGAAGUGGGAAGACAGUUGGUUCGCACAGCAGGCCAAAAACGCAGGCCGAAGAACUGGAGAAGAAGCUUGGGGACGUCAUGCGCAGGCAGAUGACUUGGAACCGCGUGAAGAUGCUGGGCCGACAGGCUCGCGGCGGGAUGUGCGCGACGCUCCCAGGAGAAGAGGUCGAGAUCAGGACUGGAGGCACGACCAGUUCCAAGAUAUGGAUCGGCCUCGCGUGAGCCGUGCGGGACUUGGGCGGACUUGGGCAGAGUUGUGUUUGGAACUGCUCCAGGCUGAAAGAAAGGGGAACAUUGGGAACAUGCCCAAUCUUUCUGGGUGUCAAGGUCUAUUGAGCUGA